AUGGGUCACCGGAUUUUGGAACGAAGUUUUCUUUUUACUAUUUCUAGCUUAUUAUUGAUUUAUACACUAUUUGUCGCUAUAGUUACUUUCAGAGGAUUAAAUUUCACUGCAAAUCACUUAAAUAAAGCGGUCUUGAUUGGAUAUGGUAUUGUUGAAAUGUUAAUGGCACCUUCAGGUUUAUGGGGAAUUUUUGGAGCGAUUCAAAAUAAUCCUUUCCAGGCAAAACGCUACGUAAAAGAUCAUUGGUUUUCUUUGAUAGUUAUGACUAUAAUUGAUGGACUUUUUCUAGGUUUUUUGGCAUCUUAUAGUGUAAAUCGUAUUAGUGAAAAACCAAAAACAAUACAAAAGGUUGAAUCUGAACGAGAGAUUGAAACAGUUGAAUCAACUGUCUUGGAACCUCCAAAUUCAUUCAUUCGUCAUUCUUCACAAUAUCAACAUAUGAAUCGGAGAAAGUCUAUAGGAUAUAACGAUGAUAAUAAUAUAAUGAUUGAUGUCAACAAUCCACCAACAAUGAAUCUUCCACAAAAUGCUAGAAUGCUGCCACCAAUUGUUCGUUCUCAAAGUUUCGUAAUGCCUCAACAACAAAAACCCAUAUAUCAUCAAUAUACUUCACCUCUGGUGAAUUCUAACAUGUAUCCUCAAAAAUUACCAAUUUUAACGCAACAACAAUUUCGAAAUUCCGAUUUGCAAAUAGUGACUUCAGGUUCAUCUAGUAAAUUCAAUAGACCAAUUUCUUUAGGAAAUAAGCGGCGCUCAAAUAGUCAACCACAAUUUCGAGUUUCUUCUUCCAAAGAAAUAUUGGAAUACGAAAAAGAAAAAGUCUCAUUAGAUACAAAAGGACCAUCAAAUAUUCAACUAUCAUCACCGUCGUCACUGUCGCCACCGAUUUCAUCAAUUUCACCAAUUUCACUAAUAGCCGACCGCAAUACAAUUCGACAUUCAAAAUCUUUACCAAUGAUGUAUAAUAAAUAUUCAGAAAUAAACAAUAAGCAAAUUCCUCCGGUACCGAGUCUUGAUAAUCAACAAUAUAAGGAAACAAAUGAUAUAAGCAAUGAUAUAAAUAGUCAAAUUGUGACAAAAAAAUGA